AUGUCGGACCUUCCAGAUGACCUUGUCAUCGCUCUCGCGGCACAUCAGGACCAAGGAUCCAUGGAAGAGGAAGGUCAAGAGCUUUUUAUCCGUAUCAACACUUUUCAAAAGAGGAAACGCAAAGUCUCAGACCAGUCUUGUGGGCCGGCGAAAGUGACUUUCCCUGACAUCCCUCGGCUUUCUCCAGGGAUCUGGCACAAGCGUAUAUAUGUGGGACGAGUACAGGUUCUGUCCAAGUUUGGUGUAUGCAAAUUGCCAUCAUCGCAUGAUGCGGAGCAAGGAUCAAGAUUCUUCAACACCGGAGUCCUUUCCCCUCCAGACAAGAUCUGCGCUGAACUAUCAUGUAGAAUGUCUGUUAUUCCACUGCGUAUGGUGACUGAGAAGGUGCAUAGUUUGUGA